UCUUCUCAAACAUGGGGAACGUACUUACAAAAUGUGUCUUGCAGUUGCAGCUUCCUACAGCCUACCACAAUAACGAGCUGCUCAGGAUUGUGAUGGUGGGGAAGACUGGAGUUGGGAAGAGCGCCACAGGAAACAUCAUACUAGGACGAGAGUGCUCCCCUCAGUCUUUGACUACACUCUGUGAAAAGGUUUAUGGUGAGGUGGAUGGACAAAAGAUUGCUGUUAUCGACACACCAGGCCUGUUUGACACCAGGAACACUGAAGAGGAAACAGUUAAAGAUAUUGCCCAGAGCAUUUCUUAUGCUUGUCCUGGACCUCAUAUCUUCCUGGUUGUCAUCAAACUGGGCAGAAUCACUGAAGAAGAAAAGCAGACGAUACAAAUGAUUCAGACAAUCCUUGGUGAGGAAGCCGACAAAUACAGCAUGGUUCUCUUUACCCAUGGUGACCUGCUCAAAGGGAAAACUAUUGAGGAGUUCUUGAGGGACAGCAAAGAUCUGCAGGAACUUGUGGCCAAAUGUAACAACCAGUACCACGUGUUCAACAAUGAGGUGAAAGAUCAAUCACAGGUCAGCGAGCUGCUCAAGAAGAUCAGAAAUGUGAGUGUGAAGAAUGGAGGAAGCUACUACACCACCAAAAUGUUCCAAAAGGCAGAGAGAGCGAUAGAAGAGGAGAAACAACGAAUCCUGAAAGAAAAAGAAGAGGAAAACCUCAAAGAGCAGGAAGAACUGAUGAAGAAACUAGAGGAAAAGUUUCAGCAACAGCUGAAGGAAGUGAAGGGUGACAUGGAGAGGGAGACAAAGUUCAGGGAAGCACAAGAAAGAGAAAUGGAAGAGAAAAUUAAAGAACUGAGGGGACUCCAAGAAUUUCAAGCUAGACAGAAAGCCGAGAAGAAAAAUUCAAUAAUCCACAUGAUAAUUCAAAUGAUUAAGGCCGGUUCAUCUAUACUUUGGCAAAUCACACACCUAAUUAAUUGAUUAUCCAAACACAAGAACCCACCCACCUUCACACAGUGAGAUCCAAUUCAUUUGAAAUGUGAAAGUGACAUCUGCUGUUGUCGUGGAAUUACUCAACAACUGUUUAUCCAUAAAAUAAAGAUGUAUUCAAAGCAAAACAAGUAAAAGACUGUUGCUGACCGUAACGUCCCACACAGGAUAGAAAAAGUUCUCUCUUGUCGUCAUUUGGUCCUGCAGGACUUUUAUACCCAGAAAAAAGGAGGAAAAAUACAAAAUAGUGAGAGAAUUUAAUAUGUUCAAUAUGUGCACAAAUACAGACACCAAAUGUGAUGAAGAACACAGAGAUGGUUUGGAUCAGCAGCUACUCUGAUUGCUUUUAUACUUUUAUAGCCAGCAGGUGGUCAGAUGAGUCUCAUGUAUGAUGAAGGGUCGGAAAGGAAACUGGAAUAAAAGAUUCAAAGAUUCCAAAACAUUUGAAUCAAGAAAACAACAAAGACUUUCUGAUCCUGGACUGAAAAAGCUUUAAUUCACUGCUGUGACUUCUUGUAAAUCUUCACAUUCACAUUUUUCAUUUUCUUGUUUGGUCUGAUUUAUAAGUAUAGAAGAUGUGUGUUAAUUUUAUUGUUGGGCGUAUUUUGUAACAAUAGCAGAUAAUUCAUGGUUGAUAGUUAUUGUUUUAUUACUUGGUGUAUUUCUGCAAUAUUAGACCAUAUGUUUUAUUUAUCACACAAGAUGAUCAAUAAUUGUUCAGUUGUGCCACAGAUGGUCAAGAAGAU